AUGGGCCCAUCGGUAGCUGUACUCCUUAUACCUGAACUCCAUUGGCUAGACACACCGGAAAUUCCGGAUAUGCAGUUCAACGAGCUCAUGUCUGGUAGCCCACCAGCAGGCAACCUCAUUCCCAACUGCACGUCGGAGGAGCUCAGCAUGCGAAACUACACCUGCUUCCAAAACCAUCAUCGGUAUGACCUCGACGCGUUGAUAAUUAAUAACGCCGUCCAGAUCAACAAAAUGGUCGAUGAGAACCCCGAGGGCGAUCUCCUUGAGUUGAUACCGGACUCGCCAGUCCUAUAUGAAGGAGUGAUGCCCUUUAUUUUUAACGUAACCUUCAGCCCACAAGCCUUGUCAUUCGUUACAUGGUCCCUCAAUAGACAAGUUCUGCGCCUACUCUCCAAGGACUUUGAAGGACUCUUCAACGUGGUUCGAGGCAAUACCACAGCAAACCCUAUGUAUACCGAGCGGUAUGCGCCUUACAACAGUUCCCGUUCUCUCGUUCUGCAGCGCAUGGGGCCGGUCGUAGCGGUCGGGGCUUCUGGCUUUUCUGGCAACCUGACUACAACCACAGUCGGAAACGACCGCGAUAUCCUUUGCUAUGACUCGAUGGACGGCACAAAUCAAAAUUUUUCAAAAUGCUUUCGGUCCGGGGUCGGAUGGAAUGAAACCAACUCCGUCGCCUCGUUCAUAAUCAACGCCACAAACGAAGACUCUCAGCCAAUAAAGGUCCGGUCGUACUGGUCAGAUAGGUCGGUGAAUCGAAACAUCGACUCGUCUGGAGCGUGUUUUGUAAAUGGUACCGCCCCCGAAGGUGAUCAGUGCGAUUACGACAAGCUGUUUGCUCCCGGACAUCCACCACUUUUCGACGGAGACCAGACCCAGGAUGUCCUCGUAAUGGAGUUCUCGCGACCCACAUCCGACAACCCCAAUAGUGUAUGGUGGGCCGAAUUUAUCCUGUCGUACAGCUUUACCAAAUACGCGUUCGACGCCACAACAAUCAUCCCCAACCUCGAGAACGCUCAGAUCCCCGACCCUCCGGACCCGGACACUGACAGGACGUUCCCUAUGGUCUUCGAUCCGAAUUGGAUCCUAGCUUCAUGGGGCAUCAGUCCCGGCGCCCAACUCACCACCGAUUCCACCGCCGUUCGCAUGCUGCAGCAAUCGGCAAACAAGGUGGUCGAUCCCAAGUUCCCCGAUGCCCCAGCUUCCUCGUUGGCUUUCUUCGGAGCAGUGCAGUACAUGCUGCUCCAGGCCGCAUCCCUCGUCCCCUUCACGAGCGGCCAGGCUGACACUUUGGACCUGCCGAAUGCCACCGAUGAGAAACCGGUGCUCUGGAUUAAUGUUCGCCGCGAGGCCUGGGGCUGGAGCAUCAGAGGCCGCACGUCUGUCCUGGGCGUUGUUGUUACUAUAAUCGGUAUCGUGACCGUCCUUGCACGCACGGUGCUGCUGAUUGUGACGCGCGAUGAUGAAAGGGGGAGCGCGGAGCUGGUAUCAGCUGCAAUGCAGCAUGAGUAUGAUGGGGCAUUUGGUGAUGCUGUCAAGGAAUCAGACCUUUCUCGUGUGAGAUACAGGAUCAGAGAGGACGAGACGACGGGCAAAUUGCGUUUUAGGGCAGUGUGGUAA